UAGUUCAUCGCUAAUCUUCAAGGCAAUGUAAACAAAACAAACCGAGAAAUGGACGAUGUCGAGGAUCUGCGGAUAAACCAGCAGCAGCUUAUGAACGAGAUUUCGGCCCUAUUGCAGAGCACGUCGGAACGGAGCGCCGCCAACGCACUGCAGUUGAAUCAGGAGCUCCAGCGCCGGCUUAUGCAAGUCCGGACUAAAAUCCUGGCCAUGUUACAAGUAGUUAGGGCCCGCUUCUCUCGGAACGAGGAGAUCCUGGUGCGCCGGCUUAGACCUCGCUCCCAUUUCGGCCCGGAUUCUCUCAAUCUUAGCGGCGCGAUACUGCGUAAAGGUACGUUUCGCUUCAAGGGCAACCUUUUUUUCCGAGACAUCGAUGGCCGAAGCUGCCCUAACAACGAGGACUACGAGGCGCGCUGCCACACGGAGAUGUUUCCCACCGACUUUGACAUGCACUCCAGACACGUGUGGACAUUGCUGGACAAAAAGAAUGUGAUAAUGGGGAUAAAACAACAGUUACUUGACCAUAGGGCCCACAAUACAAAUGCGUUGCCCAGUGGAAGCCUUAAGCGUAAGCCAACGGAGCGGCACUUAAACACAUUGGUAAGUCUGUUGACUUCUGCGGACAGUAGAUUCAGCAUCGACUGGAACCAGAUCAGCACUCUGGACUUGGAAUAUCGGCACUCUCCGUACAGCUGUGAGGCAAUGUGGCGGGUCUACUUAUCCCCUGAUCUCAGGCGAGACGAUUGGUCGCCCGAGGAGGACGAAACCCUGCUGGCAGUAGCAACUGCGAAUAGGAUGCAAAACUGGGAGCUGACAGCCGCGUCACUAGAACGACGUUCCGACUACCAGUGCUUUGUUCGCUUUCAUACCGCCUUGCGUUAUCUGCUGGAACCAAAGACCAGCUACCGCUGGAGCGAUGAGGAUAACGAUAGACUAAGGGAGAUCGUUGAUAGGAAUACGGCAAACGGCGUAAUUAACUGGAAGAGAGUCGUGGAGUACUUCCCGGACAAGUCUAAGUCAACGCUGAUUGGUCGUUACUACUACGUGUUGCAUCCUCGCAUAAGUCACGAAGCCUUCACUACCAAAGAGGACAUGAUGCUGUUCGCCGCCGUUGAAGAGUACAAUGGGAAGUUUCACUGCUUUCCGCGAUCUCUUUUCCCGAACCGGUCGUUAACACAACUCCGAACUCGCUACCACAAUGUAUUAGCACAGCGCAACAAGACCGACUCCUGGUCCGUACAGGACGACACCCGGCUAAUGAGCUUCGUAACGCAAUACGGGGCAUCCCAGUGGCUGAACUGUGCCACAUUCUUGGGCAAUCACACACGGACCAGCUGUCGAACCCGCUUCCUAGUCAUCAAGAAAUUCCUUGAACAAAAUCCCAAUGCAAAAGUGGAAGACUUGCCACGCCGCCGAUCGAAGAAGGUGUCCUUGGUCAACUCUGAUAACUGGGCGCAGCGUUUGCAAGAGUGGCAAGAGGACCCAGAGUCAUUAGUUACAGCUGAACGCACCACAGGAACUCGGGUGCGAGGACCCAAAUCGAAGAAGGCUAAGAUUGAGCAAGAGUGUUCCUCAAAACUUAUGAAAGUGGAUAUAGAGUUGUGCGAGUUCUUUAAGUAUAGUUACAAUCUGCCGCUUACGACUCCAAAAACAUUUCCACUUCCAUAUGACCUUAUUAACCUUGCGUAUGUGGUUAGAGCUCUUGCAUAUAAGCCACCAAUUCGUCCCUCGCUCUUACAAAACAUAUUUAUGCCAAAUGAACUGCUUAAGUGUUACAAUAGCAUGAUCCGGAACCUUCCGGACGAGAAAGGUGAUUUGAAGAGCCCACUUUUGCCACCCAACUGGUCAACGAUGAUGGGAUUUCGGGCUUUGUGCAUUCUUUCUGGAGAUUGUCGCAAGAAGGGUACGGAAGUACGAGGCUCCGAUUAUAAUGAAUCUGCACCACCCAUUCAGCUUUUCCGCAAAAGGUUGCGAGCUCUUUUCUAUCGUACCACUCUUCUCAGCCGCUUGGAAUCGCAACUCUUUACGGACUUACGCUCAGCAUUAGUGUCUCUGCCACGACCCAAUCCCAAUUAUGCUAAACUGGGUACACAUGUCUUAAUCGAUCCCGAGCCGGAACCACAGAAUGAUCUAAAAUCCGAGCCGCUUAGCGAAGAUGAAGUGAUUAAUACAGUCAAGCAGGAAGUGGAAAUGGAAUUUAUAGUUCCAUAGAAAUUA